AUGCAACCGAUGGUUAUGAAGCAAGUUCUCAAUCAAGUUCUAUCACAUCAACACCGUGUAGCCUUCUUCACGGGUCUGGAACUAAAUAUUGAAGAAAUGCCGCCGGGAAAUCGUGCUAAAAUGUCUAACGUUAUCACCAACGUUGGUGGAGCUUACGAUCAACAUAACGGUCAAUUUUGCGCUCCGAUUGAUGGUGUUUACUCAUUCAUUGUUGCAAUCUCAGCACAAGGAAAUAAACAGGCGGCUGUUCGUCUUAUGCAUAACGAAAAUCAUAUUUUUGAUGUUUGGAGUGAUAGUAGACCUUGGUCAACCGCCACCAAUCAUGCGAUCGUGAUAAUGAAAAAGAGUGACUGCGUUUGGUUACAACUUCGUGAAUCGGCAUUUUACCUUUAUGGUUAUAUGUACUCAACUUUUGCUGGUCAUUUGUUAUUCGAAUAUUCUACUGACCAAAAUUGA